GGAAAAGUGACCGAAGUAUAAAUAGCCAUUUAAUUUUACCCCAACUCGCCAUUUGGUAAUUGUCUUUGAAUACAUACAAUUACAUGGACGGUGGCCUCGCACCCUCGCCGAGCAAUGCUCCGGCUGGCUCAGACGGCGGCGCUUCCCCAUUCCUUGCUAACCUUCCCUCUCGUGGUAACUUCUCCUCCACCGUCAUUUCCUCUAAUCCGGGAAGCAUGCGGGUUUACAUUUCCAAUCGUGAUACAUCAGCUCCAGAUGAGCAGAUUAUAAAGACAGACCAAAAAAAUAUAUUGAUUAGAUCUCUUCUGAUUGAGAAACAAAAAUCGGAUUCUGCUUCAAAAGCUGGGAAAGCUGUUGCUGCAAAUCAAGGUUCAAGGAAAAGGGCUGCUGAGAAACCUUUGGAUGGUAAAGCUGCUGGAAAGAAGGCAAUGUCCGGCACGCAGCUUGGUUCUUCUGAAGAACUCAAAGAUCUGCGACGCUUGACUGUAGAGAGAUUACGUGCUCUUCUUAGGGAGAAAGGGCUUUCGGUAACUGGGCGAAAGGAUGAUCUGAUUGCUCGCUUGAAAGGCUAGAUUAAGAGAUGUGAAGUUUUUUAAACAAUGGUGGAAUCAGCAUAGAGCUAUGGGGGGCCGUGGCCCCCCACCAUUGCUUAAAAAGUCAGUAGUUUUAUAUAGACUUGUUAUUUUGUGAGUAGUGUAAUAUCGUCGGUCAAAAUCCAGGUUCCGCCGCUGACUUCAGAAAUGUGGUUGUAAUGUAGUGAUGGAAUUGCCUUUUUAAGUAAUGCAAAACUGUUUUAAUGCUAUUCUGCAAUUACAAUUUCUGCAAAUUCAUGUUCAUGUAUUUAAUAUUUUUACUAGGUUUGUAUAAAAUUUUAAAGGCCAAAUCUCAUUAAUGGUCCAUCAUCUUUAUAUUUAGUUUCACUUUAGUCCUU